AUUGUGAGGUUUCAAAUUUUGACUUGCCCAGGGUAUGCUCAACGCCGUUCCCAUUGCAUCCAGCUCCAAGCCGCAUGAAAUCAUGAGCUCCCUAUGUCUAGCUCAUGGGAAGAUUACAUACUCGCCUCUCACAAUGUUCCAUUACAAAGAAACUACUUUGCCCACCAGGUGUUUGAUAUAAUGCUAAGGCGAGCACUUUAGAAACUCGAAGCCGUGAAGGCCCUAACUAACAAACCAAGCCAUUAGAGUUUGCAAGGAGGAAGAGGAGACCCACACAAGCCAGGGUUCCCCAAAAACGCUUCCUUGGAAAUAUUUGCUUUGUGGGCAGGGAUUUCCCCACUUAAUCUAUUUCUAGAAACAUCAAACUCUUCUAGAAAUUCAAGAUUUAUCACCUCCUCUGGGAAUCUAACAUAGACAGAAAUUCUCCAUCUCCUACUAUCUCUUCUAGUUCUCCAGAAAAUUGGUUAUCUGAGAGAUCUAUGGAGUAGUAUUGUGCCUCAAGGGAGAUUAACCGGAGGUUGUGAAGAUCGCCAAUAGAUUCCGGGAGAUUCCCUGUGAGAUUGUUGUUGUUAAGAUACAGAGUUGUCAGCUUUUUAAGGUCUCCAAUGGCCGAUGGGAUCGUCCCCGUCAGCGUAUUGUUUUGUAAGUCAAGGUCAACCAGUGAGGUCAAGUUUGAUAUUGAUGGAGGAAUGGGCCCACUCAGUCUGUUCGAAUACAGCCUUAGCACCCUUAACUCCCGAAGAUUCCCUAUAGAGCUUGGAAUUCUCCCACUGAAUCUGUUCUCCCCCAAUCCAAGAAACUGGAGCUUCUCGAGCCUCCCAAUGGAAUCUGGGAUGGGACCCGACAAUUUCUGGAGUCUGCUAAGGUCAAGUUUUUUGAGGAAAGUCAGGUUUCCAAUUGAAGGUGGGAUGGUCCCAGACAUGUUGGGGAAGGGCCCAAUGUCCACGGACAAAACAGAGACCCGACCUGUUGGGGGGUCGCAUCGGAUUCCCUUCCAGAGGCAGCAGUCUGUGGAGGGUGUCCAUGUCGGGAAAUUCUGUUCGGGAUGGUCUGUGAUGCUGUGCUUGAGACUAUCACUAAUAGAGAGGAAUGAAAGGGUGAACACGAUGAUGUUGAUGGGGCAAGAAGAGAAGAAUGAAAUCACAUCAAUUAUCCUCAUUGUCAUCAAGCUCUUUGAAUUCUGGUGAUCCUUCAAUCGCCUCUCGUAAUAUUCCAUGACAAAGAAGCCAAGUUGCACACCAGGUGUUCGAUAAAUGGUGAGUACAUAUAAAUGUUUCUAUUUAAUGUCAUUGUUUUACUCCUUUGAGUUUUUUUCCUGUUUUUCCAAUAGUUGGAAUAAACUGAACAAUUGCUU